AUGCCUCAAGUUAGGAAUCCUAUUCUUCCCGGGUUCAACCCGGACCCUUCCAUCCUAAGGGUUGGAGAUGACUACUACAUCGCAACAUCAACGUUUGAAUGGUUCCCCGGUGUCCAAAUCCACCACUCCAAGGACCUCGCAAACUGGGAGCUUAUCAUACGGCCUUUGAAUCGAAAAAGUCAGCUAGACAUGCGUGGUGACCCAGACAGCUGCGGCGUCUGGGCUCCCUGUCUCACCCACGACGGUGAGAAGUUCUGGCUUGUUUACACCGAUGUCAAGCGCAAAGAUGGCUCUUUCAAGGACACCCACAAUUACAUCGUCAGCGCACCCUCAAUCGAAGGUCCCUGGUCAGAUUCCAUCUACAUCAAUUCAUCCGGCUUCGACCCUUCGCUCUUCCAUGAUGAUGACGGCCGGAAGUGGUUCGUCAACAUGAUGUGGGACCAUCGUCGCCGGUUUCAUGCAUUUACUGGAAUCGUUCUGCAAGAGUUCGAUCCCAAAGAAGGAAAACUUGUCGGCCCGAAGAAGAAUAUUUUCAGAGGCACUGAGCUAGCUCUAGUCGAAGGCCCGCACCUCUACAAACGGAAAGGAUGGUACUAUCUCCUCACUGCCGAAGGUGGCACUGCCUACGAACACGCCUGCACUCUUGCCCGCUCCCGUGACAUCCAGGGGCCGUACCAACUUCACCCGCAGAAGUACGUCAUAACGUCAAAGGAUGCACCUUUCGCCGCUCUUCAACGCGCGGGACAUGGCGACAUCGUGGAUACGCCCGAAGGCAAGACAUACAUGGCUCUCGUUGCUCGACGCCAGACGCACUUCUCCUAUGACGCAGAGACUAUUGUCGACUUUUCGCCCACCGACGAGAGAGAGUUUGCGGGCUUGACGGCUUACUACUGCCGCUACAACUUCUUCUAUGUCACCGUCACAGCCCAUGAAGAUGGCAAAAGGGAGCUCUUGAUCCAAAGCUCUGAGGCAUCAUGGCCUGAUAGCGACCUCACGACUCCGUUCCCAGACCCGAUACCGUUGCCUGAUUCGGGUAAGAUCAAGCUGGCUUUGACGAUCCGCGGACCGAAGCUUCAGUUCUACUACGCUCUUGAGGGUGACGAGCUGAAAGCGGUUGGGCCCGUGUACGAUGCUUCAAUUAUUUCCGACGAGUGCGGUGGACAUAAGGCACAUGGUAGCUUCACUGGUGCUUUUGUAGGUGUUGCUGCCUCUGAUCUGAAUGGAACGGCGAGGAAAGCUUCGUUUGAUUACUUUAUCUAUCGGCCUGUUCACGAUGCGACUGACCGUUAUGAGAUCUGA